AAAACUUCCCAAUAAGGAAAGAUUUGAUCUUAGUAGAAAUAAUCGCAAUGCCAAAGAUGAAAAGAGCCUAUAUGAAUUAGCUAUAGUUGCAGAGUUUGGGCCAAUUCUAGAGAAGUUAGAUUUAGAUGUUCUGUUGAAUGAAUUAUAUAUAUUUAUAAUUCAAGUUGCAGUUGCUAAAAAUACUAAUAAAUUGGAUAAGUUAAUGAAUAAGCUUUCAAGACAAAAGCAAGAAUGGAAUGCUAAUAAUAUUAAUGCUGACUUCGAUACUCAAACAAUAAGCAAUACUACAAAAAAAAUUG